AUGGCUUCCUCUUUUGAUGAAAUGGUUAUGUCAGACUUUGGUCAUUUACCUUCCCCUGCAGCAAUGGCAGAUAAUGGUGAUUUAUCUCCUUCUCCGACAAAUCCUUUCCAAAUCUCUCUCUCCACCACUUCUGUAUCUACAUCUCUUCACGAGCUUGCGAAAGAUUUCAGCACUUUGGCGGCGAGGUUUCUUUUAGUCAAUUUACCGGACCGUGAGCCAGACCAAUUCUUGGAUUUGUUUGAAAAAUUGGGUUUUAUGACUACAGUGAUAACCCUUUUGGAAUCAGAAGAAAUAACAUUCAAAAAGGAAGUCUGGGAGCCAUUGGUUGGAGAAUUCAAGGCUUUGCUAAGUUGCGGCAAGAAUGUGGUGGCACUGGUCAAAAUUAUGGAAGAUGGUCAGACUCCCAACGUGUCUAGGAAUGAUCAGAUAGAAGAAUUUUCUGGGAAACUGGAUGGCAUGUGCGACUUAUGCUUGGAGCUCAUCAAAGGGGUACGAUGUUUGAAAGCUUUUGGAGAAAAUUAUCCAUUUCACCCAAGACUGUCUGAUUUGAAUAUCUCACCAGGUCUAGUCGGUGAGUUGGAAAAGACAUAUGAACGUCUUGAUCCGAUUGGUUAUCAACGAUAUCUUGCCCUGAUUGUUGUUCCAGGAAAAGAGCUUGAAACACCAGCGAAGAAAUGCGAUGAGAAACUCGUCGACAGAAUGGGGGAGACUAAUGAUAAGCUUAUCGCUCUUCAUCAUCUUCAUUUCAAAGCACCACUUCAAUACACACCUUCCCUUGCCUCCGAAAAAACUGCAGUAAAUGAUAAAACUUCAACCAACCCGGAAAAGAAUACGGGAAACAAAAUUCACUACGAGACAUGGACUCUCCACCAUGUACCUGCCCAUAAAAAGCAACAUUGGGGGAUGUGGACUUGGUGCGAUCUUAAGGUAUGGCCAAUCAGACCAAAAUACAUUUUGGAGGAAUGGUCAUCGUCAUCUACUAUGUUACAUCCUGCCGAAAUCUCAAGAAUCAGACAGAGAUUUCAAGAUGCAGCAAGGAGAAAAAUGUAUGGAUGUGGCAUGAGGAUGGAAAUUAAAACAGAAGAUGUGGAGAGACAAAUACGAGAGGAUUAUCUGAGGGAUAUUGUCAAUAGACUAGGAGAGAAAGCGGAGAAAACACUUGUGCAUCUUUGUGGAGGUGGCCAUGAUGUUUUCUAUACUGAUGAUAUCAUGCGAAGAUACACUCUCGAAGCGAUUGAGGCAAGAGAGCCAAGUGGAAUUUUUGAUGGACCGAGAAUUAUGGGUUUAGAGGAGAGUUUGAAGAUGAAGAGGGACAUGGAAUUUGGUAGGAGAAAGUGGUGGAAAAAGGUGAGAGAUUUCAAAGGGAAAGAGUGGUGGAGAGAGGGAAAGAAGAAGGAGUGGUGGUUGGAGGCGGAGAAGGUAGAAUGGGUUGUUGUGCUUAAGAUUGAGGAGAUUGAUCGUUCGAAGAGGUUCAUGCCAAGUCGGCAGGAUGACUCUAUAGAGGGGAGAACGAGUGUUAGCCAGGAGGUACGAAGCAGCGUGGGACAAGGAGAGAAGAAUAGCAGUCAAGAGAACAAGGUUGUGACUCUGGGUAGUAACGUAAAUGAAAAGAAAGAUACGAAGGAAGAAGAGACAAUGGAAAGCGAGGAAGCAGAGAGGAGAAUGAGAAUUUUGGUAAAAAGGUUGUUUGUUGAGGAGAAUGGCGAUGAGAAGGUAGAGGAUUAG